AUUCCGAUAAUAGAAAUACAUUUGAACAAUGUACUACUAAAUGGUUGAAUUUAAUUAGUCAACGAUCUGAUGCGAAGGUAAUUGUAAUUGCCACUAAAACAGAUGUUGGAAUCAAGAAUAGAACCGUUUCAACUGAGGAAGGGUUAAAAUUCGCUAACGAACAUGGUUUUGAUUUUGUUGAGAUAUGUAAUGUGAAUGGUGAUAAUCUUUCCAAAUUAGAAAGUCUUUUACUCGACAAUUCGAAAGAAAUUGCAAGGAAAAUGGAAAGAGAACCAAAUGGUGAUGCUUCUGAUCUCAGUUCAAUAAGACAGUCAAUUAGUGUUCCAACCAAUAGCUAUGGUACUCUUCAACCUAAUGGUGUUCUUCCAUCUCGAAAAAGACAACUCAUCGAACGA